GGAACGUGAGGGCGGCGGGCGAGGCCAUUACUGACACACCAUCACAACUACUAUCAUGUCUACUGAGUCAAAACCCAAGAAAAUAGAUGACCUGCGAGUGGUGGACCUGCGGGCGGAGCUGGAGAAGAGAGGACUGGACAAGACUGGCGUCAAGGCCACCCUCACCGAGCGCCUCAGGAAGGCCCUUGAAGACGAUGGACAUGACGCAGACGAGUAUGAAUUUGAGAACACGCUACCCAGUACCCCAGUAAAGUCUAACCGCAAAUCCGGAGAUGGUGAUGAAGAAAUGGCCAAUCACAUUAAUGGAGACUCUGGAAAUGCCAAGGAUGACGAUAAGGAUGAUUAUCAGGAGGAGGAACUGGAGGAUGAAGAGGACCAGGAAGAAGUUAAUGAUAAAGAAUCUCAGGAAGCAGCAGACACUAAGGAAGAGAAGGGCAAGGAACAAGAGAAAGAUGCUACACUGGAUGCCAAAGGUAAACUGAAAAGUGAUGAGGAAGCAGGCCAUGGUGAUGAGGACGAUGUACGCAACAUAGAAGAUGACUCCAUUAACCUCAUGCUGGAAGACGAAGACAAAAUGCUCGAAGAUGAAAUGACUUUCAAUGACUCGGAACGUAUGGACCAGGAUGAUUCUUCAAAUGCAGAUGGUAAAGAGCGAUCACACACCAAGGAGGGCAGUUCCACAACCCACGGCAACGCAGACUCCAUGGGGAAGAAGGACAUCUCCGACAGCGAUUCUAAGGAUAAGAAAGAAUGCGAUAAGCCCAAGAGCUCCGGGGAAGAAAAGGGGAAAGAUGACAAGCUAAAAGAUGACAAAGACCACAAGAAGAGCAGCAGUGGUGGUAGCGGCGGAAGGAACCUCUGGGUCAGCGGCUUGGCAUCUUCAACUCGGGCACAGGAUCUCAAAUCUGUUUUCUCCAAGUAUGGCAAGGUUACGAGUGCAAAGAUAGUGACUAAUGCCAAGACUCCCGGGGCCAAGUGUUAUGGGUUUGUCACCAUGGCCAGUAGUGACGACGCUGCCAAGUGUAUCUCACAGCUCAACCACACAGAACUUCAUGGUCGUAUGAUCCAGGUGGAAAAGGCUAAGGGAGAACCUGGUGGUCCAACCAGAAACAAAGCAUCCUCUUCGUCGUCCAAUCGUAAACCAUCAGACUCCAAGAAAGAUUCAAGUAGCGACAAGAAGAAGGAAGGAGAUAAGAAGGAGGGUGAUAAAAAAGAUGGCAGUGAUGAUAAGGAAGGUUUAGAUGAUAAGAGUGGUAAAGAUGGGGACAAGAAUGACAGGAGGUCACAUUCCAAGGACAUCAGUAGAAGUAGUAAAGAUCGGGAUCGCAGGGGACCAAGAAAUAACAGGCCGUUUGAACGACGACAAGAUAAUUAUAAGUUCGAGCCACGAGGAGGCAGAAACGAAGUCUUGAGUUUCAAACAGAUCAUGGAUGAGCGCGAACGACAGCGCCUGCGUGCCCGGGAGAGAGUGAUGCGGGAAGAGGAGAGGAGGAGAAGAGAGGAUGAAGUGAGGCAACGUAACAUUGAAAGACGUCAGCGAGAAGAAGCAGAGAGACUCCAGAGGGAGAGAGAAAAAUUGCGCUUAGAACGAGAAAAAAUAGAAAGACAGAAGCACGAACUCUUACGCUUGGAGAGAGAGCACCAGAGGAUGGAGAGAGAAAAGCUGGAGAGGGAGAGAGAGGAACUUCGACGUCAACAAAUGAGGUACGAGGAGACGCGCAGAAGCAUCAAGCGGCCGGCUGAAGACCGCGAGCGCAGGGAAUUCUUCGAGGAUCGUAAAAGACCAGCUCCAGAUAACAGAUCACGUUUUGACGAGGCUCCAGCACCCCAGAGAAGCAGAUACAAUGAAGAUCGGAGCUAUGAGAGAGGAAGCGAACCUGCGCGCUUUGAGCGGGGCGGUCACGGCAGUCAUGCUAGUCACGGUGGUGGCAGCGGGGGUCGCGAGGAUCUGCGCGGCGCACCGCCCGGCGUCGGCGGCGCUGCUAAUCGUUACGAUGAUCGGCGCGACGAUAGGCGUCCGGUUGAUAGAUCUGGCCCACGAGACGAUCGUGAUCAUAGAGGACCACUACCCCCUCAGGCCUCACGAGACAGACCUAGGGAAAGGUACAGUGGUAGUGGUCUGGGCGGCGGAGGCGGCGGUGGUGAUGCAUGGAGGACUGGCGGGGGUAUGGGCGAUAGUAAGGGCAGCUAUGGCAGCAGCUCGGCCAUGAUGGGGGGCAGUAUGGGCACCUCUGGGCUCUCUGUGCGUGGGGGGGACUCCCAGGGCUGGAGAACGUCAAGCAGCAUGAACAACAGUGAUAGAUGGGGCGGCGGCAGUGGUCCAGGCAUGGGAGGACGCGGCGGCAGUGGAAACAUGGGAGGCAUGGGCAUGUCCGAGAUGCUACGGGCGGAUCUCAACCACGUUUCCCAGCCUGGCAUGAGUUCUAUGUCCAUGCCCAUGUUGUCUCAGAACGAUAGAUUCCCCAUGUCUAAUUUUCGUAAAUAUUAGGAAUUUUAAUUAAGGACUGACAAAGUUGAGUGUUGAGGCAGGUAAUAUGUAGUAGACACUUUUAACCAUUUAAAAUUAUUUGUUAGACUCACAUUGGCCUUCAAUACAUCUGUGAUGUAAAAAUGUGAUUUUUUCGGCCCAAAGUUUCAUUAGAUUUAUCAUUGUAGAUACAUUAAUUAAAAUUAGGCAUUUCAGUUAAUCAUCCAAAUUGUGGUUACGUACACAGGGCAGUCGCACAGUUUCAUUUGUCUUGUCAUGUACUGUACCUACGUGAGUCUAGUUUUGCUGCAUUCAACCCUGAGAUGAGUUUUUUUAUAUAAAGGAAAAAUGAAUUAGCUAGUGAAGACUUUAAAAGGCUUGUAGGUGAUGACGCUUGAUUACUGUUAAGUUGCAUAUACAGGAUUGCCCAGCAUACACAGCACCUUGACGGUUUUCCACGUUAUUGUUGGUUUGAAAUUGAGCCAUUGUUCAUUAUGUUCCACUACCGGCAAUUGUCACUGGUGGGUGGACGACAAUAGAUGCUGUACAUGCAGGGUCGUCCUAUACCGUGUUUUCUGGCAUACAAGGCGCACGACUGUCGGCUGCUUGCUGAUAUGUAGUUUCCAAGCUGUUCUGACAGUAAACAAAUGUUAGUGAAACCCAGAGCCUACCUUUGACCUUGAGCAUGUACGAACAGGCUGAUUUUCCAAGACUUUUUAGGGGGGGAAGGGGAAGCGUGCCUGAUGUGCAGGAAAAUACGGCAAGUGGUGUGCAAGUUGUCAUCUACCUUGAGGUAGUACUAGCUUUGACUUGAGGUACAUAAUUAUUUUUUCAUUGAACAUUCCCCAUGUUUGUGUGUACCUGAAUAAAAUGUGUAUCUGAAA